CAUGCAAGAACUUGAUUUGAUCGUUUAGUUUGUAUGGCAGCUAUAUGCUAUAGUGGUCCGUUAUCGACGGUUCCGACUAAUGAGCAGCCACUUGGGGAGAAAGGGAUGUUAUAAUCGUCAUGGCAAACCUUAUAUACCCUGAUCAGGGUAUAAUACAAUGAAAAAAACGUUAAGAAAAGGAGACAAGAAUGCCACUAUGUAAGUGUUUAUACGCUUCCAUUGAUAUUUUAACAGCUAAUCGAAUGCAUCAGUCGAAAAUGAGAUGGCCACUUAAAACUUUAGCUGCGAUCGACAAAAAGGCAAUAAAGCAACCGAACUGCCAAUUAGCAAUAGCGUGAAAAACGUACAACAACAACGGCGGCCAGCAUUUAAUUGCACAGAGAGAUGCUGAUUUAUAUGAGAAUACUUUCUUCCGGAUGGAUUGCGUGUACAAUUGUCUAAUUACUGAAUUGGAUAUGAUGAGUUUAUCGCAGCGACCACUGAUAAAAACUUUCCAGCACCCAACUUAAGUCGGUAGGUUUGUGAGCACAGCAAGAACUGAACCUGAAGCAAUCAGCCACAGCCAUUCAAACAAUUGCAGGAGCGCGGCACAAGUGUACAAUAAUAAUAACAACACACAUACUUGGUGCCGAGCCGAGCAAUCGAUCGCCUGCCGCAGAUUGAUUCAGAAAUGCAGUGCAAAAAUGAAACAACAACAAAAAGCUCCCGUAGAUGUAACAUAUGAAUGUAUGUGUGUAGUAAAAAGGCUGACUGGAGCCGGGAGCUAGAUGCUACGAACAACUGGCGAUUGAAAGCUGCUUUUCUUGUAUGUGUGCCUAUUUUGCUGUAUUGUCAAUGGCUGCAACAGUUGCGCUGUGAAAACAGUAGUUGUAUGUCGUUGCGAUAACACCGACCGAGCGAAUCAAUACUGACGACGAUCACCAUCAACAACAACAACAACAAUAGCAAUGGCACACCAAUACACGCAUACAACAAAAACAGCGGCGUCGAACCAAAGCACUGACAAACGCUGACAGCCACCAUUCAAGAAUCGAUUCUGAUCUUCACAACGACUAUCCUCCAUCGUCACAGUGAAUUUGUUUCCCAGUCGUAAUCGGAUCGCGUUGGCAAACGGACGUCAAUAGCGGAGCAACGAUUUUCAAUUGAACUCAACUGAAUGAACUGAACCGAAGUGUGAGCUGAGUAGAAAUUUAACGAUCGUGGUGUGCGCGCAUAUCAGCUGAAAUAUAAUAAUAUUAUAAAUAAAAUAAUAAUAAAAAACAAAAACUGCAAAAUAUCAGAAAAAUAUUUUAAAAUUUAUUAUAUAUACAUUAUAUGUACAUAUAUAACGAGGAAAAGAUUAAAUUUUGAUAUUUACUCAGCGGCGAAACAAAGUACAAAGAUCGCACAAAAAUAACGGGUUUAUUAUAAGUAAGAAAUAUAAAUGUAAACUGAGAGUAAAAUUCUCAAAAUAACAUUUUCAAAGAAAAGUAUGUAAAAUAAUUGUGGAAAAACCUCGCAAAAUAUAUAAGCGUGCGACGAAAUGACUUAGAAACAACAAAAAAUUAAAGCAAAGCAUAUAAGUCGACGAAAGAAAAUUUAUUUUUACGGUAAUUCUUACAAUUUCUACUAUAAAAGUAGAUUAAUGCAAGUGUUAUAUUGUUGUUGUGCACUGUGCGCUGUGUGGAUGUCAAAUGUUAACGGUAUAUAUUUGCAUAUUCAUACAAAAUAAAUUUUCAACCGAUUGUAGUGUAUAUUGGAAUUGAGUUCAGCGCGUAAGACAGACAUAAAUUGUAGGCCUAAGCAAAAAUAAAUGCAAAAUAUUAAAAACAUUACCCAAGUAAAAACAAAAACAAAAAAAAUAACAGUUAAUAUAUAGUUUUUGCAAUUCGAAAACUGGAAAAUAAUAAGAGAUUGAAAAGUGAUUUUUUUAAAUUUUAUUUCUAUAAAAAAUCACCAUUAAAAAAAAUUAUGUCAAAUACAAGAAUUUUUCUAUGAACCACUUCUCACACAAUAAUAACUGUAAGCCGAAACUCACCACGGAAACGCAGCGCAAUUGUGCAUUAACACGUUGAAAAGUCGCAGUCGUGCGAAAAACCCGCAAACAGUUAUCUAUUGCCUGGAAACACCUCUUCUAGGUGGAAGUCGCUGCCUCAGCGACAGAGUUUUAGUUGUUAAUUGCCAGUGCUUGUGCCGUGACACGCUGCGCUGCAUGACUUUUAGAUCCUUGCAUGAACACACAUACCUACACCUACACAUUUACACACAAACAUAUAUAGAAAUAACAGUGCUUGAUAGUGAGCGGCUAAGAACGCGCGCUAAGAGUCAAAAGUAAGAGUUAGCGUGAAGCCAGCGUACGCCUACAAGGCGACUUUAAUGCGAUAAAAAACACCAGUGAUAAUCACGCAAAGCCGGCACGUACACACACACACACACACACAUGCAAAUGAAUAUAAAUAAACACACGCAUAUACACACACACACACACGCACGCAUGCGAAUAAACACACAAACGUGUGUAUGUACGUCGCUUUGUGAGCUUAACGGCGCAUUGUUUUGCGAUGAAAGUCACAUUGAUAAGCAUUGACUGCAACAACAACAAUAAUAAUAAAUACGAGUAACAUUUCAAAACAGCCGAGCAAAAUAUUAAAAAAGAUUCAAUUUGUGUUAGUAAUUUGAAAAAAGUAAAACAGAAAAACAGAAAAACAAAAACACAAUUUUAUAAUUAUUUGACUGUAUAAACGGUCACUCGUCGAAGUGACAACGUGCAAAUAAAAUAAAAAACAAAAACUAAUUGAAAACAUUUUGAAAAACGAAAAAACCAGUUGAAAACAAAUAAAGCUAGACACCUAUCGUGCCAAAAUGGCAUCGUUUGUUUAUGCAGUUUGGAGUAUUACGAAUGUCGCCUCGGUGCAUUGCGCCGUGCGGCCUGAGCUGUCGCCCUGUACCUGUGAACCGAUCUAUGCCGACAACUAUGUGGAGCUGUCGUGCGAGAAGGUGGACUCGUUCCACAAAAUUGUCGACGCUCUUUCGAAUAAAUUUGAACCGGAAGUUAAUAUAAGCUUAAAAAUAUCACAUUCACAACUUGAGGACUUGGAAAUGCGCUCGUUUAUGGAAAUGAAAUUGAGUCUGGUUAAGUUACGUAUGCAAUGGAAUUCACUGAGAUCGGUGCCUGAGUUACCUUUUCGAGGGUUAUCAAACGUGGAGUAUCUGAGUAUAAGCGACAAUGAACUCGAAGAGAUCCCUAAGCACAUGGUGAAUCACAUGCCGAUUGUAAAAACAUUCGAUAUGGGACGCUGUCGCAUACGUUCGGUACUGCACGAUGACCUCAAGGGCACGCAAAUGGUGGUGAAUCUCUUUUUGCCGAGCAACAAUAUAAAACGUUUGGAUAAGGGCGCAUUUCCGACGAGUCUGGUUACGUUGCAUCUGGGACGCAAUCAAAUCGAGAAUCUCAAUAGCACGUUGCGACAUCUGGACAAAUUGGAAUCUUUAUUUAUAAAUAUGAAUCGGAUUAGCAGUUUGGAUGAUGAAUUGCCGGAAUCGAAUCGUUUGAAAUUGAUUAUGGCACAGAAUAAUCGUUUGGAACGCUUGCCGAAGAGCAUGCGCUACAUGCACAAAUUAGAGAAUCUGCAUGUGCAACACAAUCUCAUACGCACCUUCGAUGGCAUCUUCAAGCAUGCGCGCAACUUAAAUGAAUUUCACGCUUUCAACAAUGAGAUCGAGUAUUUACGUCAAGACGACUUUCUAGAGUGUAAAAUGUUGGAGGACAUUGACUUCUCGGUUAAUCACAUCAAAUCCUUGAAUAGUUCAUUGCUGCCGCUGAGUCGUUUAUAUCGCGCCAAUAUUUCCUUCAAUGAAAUUGAGGAGUUCUCCAUGAAUGAAAUACGCGGUUUGGUCAUGUUGCGUACUUUAAUGUUGAACAACAAUAAAAUCAAACACCUCACCGGUCACCAGGAGAAUAAUAUUGAUCAGAACUCUUACUUGUUCGAAUUGUAUUUGGAUCAUAACGAAUUAAAAUCUUUGGAUGGCGCUCUCAUGGGUUUGAAUAGCUUACGUAUACUAAGUCUGUCCUACAAUCAAUUGGAACGUAUUUUACCGGAGGACUUUAUCGGAUUGGCUAAGUUGGAGCUGUUAGAUUUGUCGCAUAAUCAACUAUUAACGCUGAAGGAAAUGGAAAGGACAUUCCUUCCGAACCUCAAAAUCUUAAAGGCCGCCUACAAUAACAUCACCAGAUUGGGGAAAGACUUCCACGGCCUACCCGUACUGUGUCAAGCCAACCUUACCAGCAAUCAAAUAUCGUCGAUAUCAUCGGAGUUAGUUUCGCAAACAAGAUGUAUGAACCACAAUGUGCCCGGCAAAUUGGAGUUGUAUUUAGAUGACAAUCCAAUACUUUGUGACAAUCGCCUCAAUGAACUCUGUCCCAUCAUGCUGAAGCAGGAGACACGCAUUCGUGGCAAAUCGCAAUGUUUCGAAAUUGACCAAGAAGUCUGUACCGUCUUGCCGAUGCUGUUCGUCAAUAACUAUCCCCUGAUUAUACCAACACAAUUGAGUCAACAAGUGUUGGCCAAUGCCAAGCCGGUCGUUAUAGUGCCACUACUCAAUCCACCAUUAAAUAAUGGUGACGAAGUGUUGCCACCUUUGAUUGCGCCGAUUAUAAAACCGCUGAUAAUCGCACCAAUGCCAUCACUGGCGACGACUACAUCUUCAACAACAACAACUACCGCUGCUACCAACAUCCUCACAACCACAGCUGAAACACACACUGGCGAGCAAGUAGCAACUCUAGAAGCGCCCACAUCUACUUUGGAAACGAAUGAAACUGGCGGCGUAGAGGAUCUAACUGCUGGGGUGGGCAAUGCAAAUCCGGGUGAAGGCGUUAAUGUCAGCGCAAACAGCACAAUAACGGCGGCACCGAACACAACCAAAGACAAGCCGAACGCAGUUGAUUUCAACAACAAUACCAUGGAGACACAUGCUGGUGAAGAAGAUGUUGGAGUUGAUGAUGCAAAAGCGCCUGCCGCAGCAGGUGAUGGCAUAAGUGGAACACAAGCUACGGCCGCGGCACAAGAGGGAACACUACAAACAGCACAUGCUAUUUCAGAAUUGACUAAAAUUGUUGGAACACCAGCAGUUGUGGCACCGCCGCCAACAGUGCUCGAAGAAGUGUUGGGCGACAAGCCAUUGUUGCCGCCAGAGACAGCAUCGUUGGCGCCACCAACUGAGUACGCAACUGUUGAAUAUAUACCGAAUUUGGAUGAAUUCCUACCGGGAAAUCGUCCGCCACCGCAUGUACUCGAAGAGGAUUCAAAUUCGAAUUCGGUGCAUGAAGAAUUCCCGUCGGUCGUAUUGGCCGAUCUCGAUAAUGCACCGCAAAGUCUACUAACACCGGAUGAACCACCCGAAAAUCCUUAAAUGUUAGCCACACACACACACACAACAUAUUAUAUUACAUCUACAUUAUUAAAAUUUAAGUUUUCAAUUCCCCUUCCUCACUCUCUCUGUAUCUAUCUAUCUGUCCUGCUAUUGUGUUGUCUACUAUGUCCCACUUCAGGUUAAUUAUAAAUUAAUUUAAUUUUGAUUAUCGCAUUUAGUUUUAGUAGUUGAUAGUUGCAAUUAAUAUUAUUAUAACGGUUUGUUUCAAUACGCACAUAAUACCCACGCAUGCACAUCCGAAAUCCAUAUCACGUACGCACGCACGCACGCACGCGCACUCAUAAACAAUUUAAAUAAGCUCAAUUCGCACUCACACACUCACAGCCACAUGCACACACACAUACGCAGAGCAAACUGGAUCAUUUUCUAUUUUUAUUGUAAUGUUAAAAAUAUUACAAAAUUUAAGUUAUUAUUUUUUUAAUUUUAAGUUACUGUUUCACUUGGCGUAGCGAUUAAAUGUGAAGUAAUAAAUGUAAAAGA